UCAUUAGCAGCGGCGUCAGCGUCUCAGAAGAAGAAGAAAGCGCCUCUUUCAGUGUAAACAAACGAUAAAAUAUCAGAAUUUACGAAUAUGUCAAUUGUUUUUGUACCAAAAAAACUACGAGGGAAGGCGGUAAUCAACCAGGAAACCAUACAGAGGCUGUUGGAUGAAAACGACCAGCUGAUCAGAUGCAUCACCGAGUACAUGCAGAAAGGACGAGCCGUGGAGUGUGUUCAAUACCAGCAGAUCCUGCACCGGAACAUAGUGUACUUGGCGACAAUAGCUGACGCGAGUCCUGACACCGAACCACCAGAUUCCACUAACUCCUCAGAAUCAACAUCUGCUGCACAGGGACCGACAGGGUCGUGAUGACUGCACAUUGGGUUUUUCUUCUUGGAAGGAAACCUCCAUUCCUCAUAUUAUUCAGCAACAUUUUUUUGCACAAGGGACUACAAUCCAUAUAUGAAGUGUUAUUUUCAACAGACUGACAUUUAAAAUUCACAGUGAUUUAACCCGGUUCAUGUUUUUUUCUUUAUUUAAGAUCCUGUUGAUUGAAGUGCAUAUUUUCUACUUUAAAAUGCAGUUUUCAUUGCUUCCCUGUCAAACGAAGCAAUGUUUUGUGUUAUCCUGGAAGAAGUUUGUUAAGUUAUUGCCUAAAAUAAUGUGAAUAUACAUAAAUUACCUCUUGUUC